UAUAUUUGGAAGAAUCUCCUGCUGUUGUUCGUAUAUUGCACUGACUGGUCAAAGGAAAAAGAGUGUCCCCUUAGUCACCCUGACAAUUCCCAAAAGCGAAACUUGCGCUCUAGACUAGAUCUACACUGAGUCUGCAGGGCGCUGAGUCCCUGCCCAGGUCAGUAGCUCCGGCCCGGCGGGCGGGCAGGGACAAGGGCGGAGCCUAGGCCAGGCGUGGUCUUCCGUGGGAGAGAAGCAAAGUCUUUGCCCCACCCCCUAAAAACUGCUCUUCUCACAGCCAAUCAAGGAGACCUAUGCAAAUAGGGUCCCUGUCACCCCGGUAACCAUAAUGCCCGGCAGCCAAUGGAAACCAGCAAGUCGCGGCCCUGCUCCACGAUUGGGAGUGAAUUAAAAAGAUAGAGGCCCAAUGGGCUGUGGGAACGGUCCUCGGCGGGUUGAGGGGCGGGGAUAUGCAAAUAUGGUUUGAAAAGCCGGCGGGAAAUCUGAGUUUCGCGGGAGGACCUUGGCGCGUAAACCGUAUCCCUUCAUUCAUUGUCAGCAGCAGCUUCCUGGAGCCAUUUUUCAGCUGCCGGCCGCAGCACCCGGGCUGCCGCCGCCGCCUCGCAAUCCGUUGCAUCGGCCGCCGCCGACGCCUCCAUCCCCGAUUGGGGCCCGAUAUCCGUGCGACCGGGACCCUCCUCUCUCCAGAGCCCCGAUCAUUUUUGGCCCCCGGGGCCUGUGCGGUGCGGAAAAAUAAAAAGAAAAGAGAGAGAGGGGGCUCGGAAGCGCCGGGCGGGGAGGAGAGAAGGAGAGACUUGGAAACUCCGACUGCAAAUAAUAAAGAAAUUGAAAAAAUACAUUAAUAUAUCGUAACACUAAAAAGAGCAGGAGCGAGAGAUGAGAAAGGGGAUCCAGCCCGCUCUGGAGCCGUACCUGGUGACCGCCGGGGGUGGGGAGGGGGCGGCUGUCGUCGCCGCCGCCGCUGCAGCCUCCAUGGACAAAAGGGCACUGCUAGCCAGCCCCGGCUUCGCCGCCGCCGCCGCCCCGGGCGCGUACAUCCAGAUCCUCACCACGAACACUUCCACCACCUCCUGUUCCUCCUCCCUCCACAGCGGCGCCGUCGCCGCCGGCCCCCUCCUCCCCAGUGCCCCCGGCGCGGAGCAGACCGCCGGCAGCCUCCUCUACACCACGCCGCACGGACCCUCCAGCAGAGCCGGGCUGCUGCAGCAGCCACCAGCGCUGGGACGAGGCGGCGGCGGCGGCCCUCCGGCAAAGCGAAGGCUGGAGCUAGGAGAAAGCGGUCACCAGUACCUCUCAGAUGGUUUAAAAACCCCCAAGGGCAAAGGAAGAGCUGCACUACGAAGUCCAGAUAGUCCAAAAACUCCAAAAUCUCCCUCAGAAAAAACGCGGUAUGAUACGUCCCUUGGUCUGCUCACCAAGAAGUUCAUUCAGCUCCUGAGCCAGUCACCCGAUGGGGUCUUGGAUUUGAACAAGGCAGCAGAAGUGCUCAAAGUGCAAAAGAGAAGGAUUUAUGAUAUCACCAACGUUCUGGAAGGCAUCCACCUCAUUAAGAAGAAGUCUAAGAACAACGUCCAGUGGAUGGGCUGCAGUCUGUCUGAGGAUGGGGGCAUGCUGGCCCAGUGUCAAGGCCUGUCAAAAGAAGUGACCGAGCUCAGUCAGGAAGAGAAGAAAUUAGAUGAACUGAUCCAAAGCUGCACCCUGGACCUCAAACUGUUAACCGAGGAUUCAGAGAAUCAAAGGUUAGCUUAUGUUACAUAUCAAGAUAUUCGAAAAAUUAGUGGCCUUAAAGACCAAACUGUUAUAGUUGUGAAAGCCCCUCCAGAAACAAGACUUGAAGUGCCUGACUCAAUAGAGAGCCUACAAAUACAUUUGGCAAGUACCCAAGGGCCCAUUGAGGUUUACUUAUGUCCAGAAGAGACUGAAACACACAGUCCAAUGAAAACAAGCAACCAAGACCACAAUGGGAAUAUCCCUAAACCCACUUCCAAAGACUUGGCUUCAACCAACUCAGGACAUAGCGAUUGCUCAAUUUCUAUGGGAAACCUUUCUCCUCUGGCCUCCCCAUCCAACCUCUUACAGCAGACUGAGGACCAAAUUCCUUCCAGCCUAGAAGGGCCGUUUGUGAACUUACUGCCUCCCCUGCUGCAAGAGGACUAUCUCCUGAGCCUCGGGGAGGAGGAAGGCAUCAGCGAUCUCUUUGAAGCUUAUGAUCUGGAAAAGCUCCCACUGGUGGAAGACUUCAUGUGUAGCUGAUCACACUUCGGGAGACCUCUCCUUACAAACCGGUAUUUUUUUAUUAUGGAACCAGAACAUCUGUCAUGCAGUGUUGUCCCUUCCUACCUUCUUCCUCCAAGAGAGUAUCAUGAAGUUAACUACAAACUUCAGAAGAAAGCUGACAUUUUAGUGAAUUUUUUUUUUUUUUUUUAAUUAAUAAACAAAGUGUCUAAACGCACAGUUGCAGGCUCCCUUGGGAGAGCCUUGCUUUGCUCCAGGCUCCAAGAUCUCCUGGCUAAGUCAGCAAGUGAGAAAAUGUGCAAUCAGGUGUCUCUCACCCCGACUUUUCCUUCCUCCUUCCUUCCCAGAUUGGCUUGCUGUGCCUGACGGAUGGGCUGUAGAAAGGGGUCUGGCCACCUGGCCCACUGGGAAACAGCACUCUUCCUUAAUAGCAUUUCAAGCCGUGCCUUCUCUGCAGAAUGCAUGUCUUUGGGGUCUGCUAAUAUGGAAUGGAACUGCAGCAAAUGCAAACUUGAAGUCAUGCAAAAGUAUGAAAUGGAUUUCCUCAGCUCUUCUUAGGAAUAUUUAAAUUACUGUCCUAAUUCAGUGUAAGCUAUGGACUGCGUGUCCCAGUAGGAGGUCAAGAAAACCUCCACAGCCUUCUGGAUGGAGAACCUGUUUUCAAAUGUCCUUGUUGCAGAUACAGAAGACUAGUAGAGUUCUGCCACUCUGAGCUGUUGUGGAUUUUCCUGUCUCCGUGAACCACUCCGGUCCCCCUGUCUCCAGUGUAUUUGUGUUUCCAGUUGAUUUGUAGCAAUUGCCUCCUUCGUUCUUGGCGGAUUGUUUUAGACUUGUUCUUUUAGCUGCCGUUUAAGCAUGCCUGUGGCACCCAUCACCCUUUCAAUUUAAUUGUUUACUCUGAAGCGGUUUUUGCAAAUUCACAUUACACAAGCAGAGGGAGAGAACCUCUACUGAUCAGAGCAUCUAAACCUGUGUGAUCUAAGGUUUACCAGCCUCUGCAAGGAGCAUUGUCCCAUUGUGCUUCCGUUCCCAGGAGGGGGAGCUUGGAGCGAGUCAGUCCUGGGGCUUGCUGACAUGGGUGUCCACUGGCAAGGAGAACCAGGUCAGAUGAUGUGACAGCCCCAAGGAGCAGCAGGCAUGGGUCCCUCCAUCCUUGGGUUUCCCGGGCCCCUGUGACCGGGGAAAGGGCUCUCUUACACCGCACUCAGGGAGACCACUUCUCAGGAUGGGGUCAGAUGGAGAGACCUCUAGGGAGAAAGACAUCCCCGUUGUGUGAGUGGCAUUUCCUUAAGCUGGCAGGAACAGGGAGCUCCCACUGUGUCGGGGGCUGGAAUAGUUCUGGCCAGACCCCGUUCCCCUUCCUCCGUGAAGGAACAAGUUGGACCAAGGGAAGUCGGGAACGUAGAAAAUGAAGCAAAAGAAUGACAGGGCAUCUUCCGCUUUAGCGUUCAGGAAUGGUGUCCCAAGUUGGAGGCUUUGUGUCAGCUGCAAAUCCUACCGGUUACGUCCAAGGAUGGCUUUCCCUCGGGCAGGCGGCAGUCGCCAUCUCCCCCUGGGAAUACGGCGUAGUAUCUCUGGUCCGUUCCUUGGAUGCCGAGGACUGCGGGAAUGAGGGAGUCAGAUCAAGAACAAACCUCAAAAUGAACAGUUAGAUUGAAAUGCUAUGUGCCUGACCCAGUGGGAGGCACGUAGUAGGCACUCAACUCAUGUUUAAUUGCAUUGAAAAUGUCCCUUAGGGGGAAAAAAAAACACAAACAGAAAACCACAAGAGCCCCAGCCAGUUUACUCCAGGUAGAUUUCCACAAUAUGCAAAGUGGUGGUGGGGUCAAGACAGAUGACACCAGCACUUUAAACUCUGUGUGUGGGUAUGCGUGGGUGUAUGUUUGGGAAGAAAAACAAAGGUGCAGACGAUCUUCCUUUUUUCUUCUUCAGCCUCCAUCCCUGGCCUCCUCCCCUCACACACACUGGACUUGGUACCGAAUGUCGGUGUGGUCCGAGAUGAAGCGUUGGGGUGGGGGAGGGAGAGGGAGCUUUGUGUUAAGUGCCUACUGGAAAUGCACUGUGGGGUUUUUUCCUGUAUGGGAAACCAUUUAUGCCAAGCUUUUCCCCAUUUCCCAUAUUUAUCUCAUCUGGUUAGCUGCCUCUGCUUCCAGCUUUGUGUAAUUCUCUUUGCCAGCUGCACAAAGCUGAUUUUUUCCAAAGUCUAAAGACUGAGCUCACCUGGCUAGAUUGUUGUGUGUUUUGUUGAAAUUUUUCAGAAUGUCAUGCCGUAUUUAUUGUUUUAAAAAUGAAAGGAAUACUAAUAAGUCUUAAAAGUUCCUUCAUGCAUAGAUUUUUUUUUUUUUCCAGUUACUGGGCUUAACUGGUGUACAUUAAUUAGAUGUCCAUACUGUAUUCUGUUUUCAUUAAGUCACUGUCUUUUUGACGUAGUAUCCGGCACACAAUGUGGGUUAGUACUAUAGUAUUCGUGUUACUUUAAGUACUAAGUUGCAGGUUUCCUGGUACCAUUGAGUUGCUGCUAUUAAAAGCUCACACAUGAAAUGGCUAAAAGUUACAAGUGUGCGAAUUAUGACUGUGUGAGCCUUAGAAAAUAAAAUGUAUAAAAGGCAACACGUGAGCUGUCAAACAGUGUUAGGUAUGUGUUUAUAUGUACAGAGUUGUGCAUAGCAAUUGUUUUAUUUAAGUUGGUUGUAGUCUACUCACAUGUUCAUUAUUUAGCAGUUUUGUACAGAAAUAGCAAUUAAUUUGUAAACACUGCCAGAAUACUUUCUAGCUGGUCUGUAAUUUUUUUAAGAGUGUUGUUUUGUUUUUGUUUUUUUGUUCUUUGUCAUGGUUCUUGUUUUCAUUUCUGUUGGACGUGUAGAUCUGUAAAUAAAAUUGCAGUAUUUAAAGCUUAAGCUUUCAGGAAAAAGAAAAUAGGAAUUCAGCGUGUGCAUGACAACUCGUGUAUGAGAAGGAGGGAUCUGAAGGAAGACGGCUUGCAGAGUAAGUCGGGUGGCAGUUGUCAGGGUGUGGGAAUUUCUUUUCCUACGGGGUACGUGAUUUUUGUAAAAAGGAAGUAUUUCUCCCAGAACUGGGAGUAGGCAAUCUACUAAUAAGUUUAGCUUUGUGUUGUAUGCUAGUUUAAAAAAAGAAAAUAUGUAAUAUAAUGUAAAAAAAAAACAACAAAAAAAAGCUUUUAUGAUGGAUUUUGUAAAUAGAUUUGUUACAGGGUGACCUGUUCUCUAGCUGUGAUCUUACCACUUCAAAUGGGUGUAAUUUGAAUAAAUUUUGUAUGGUAAAGGAUCAAUAAAAUGAUUUUUUUUUUAAGAGUU